UUCGAGCAUUGUGAUUGGGUGUGUGAAGUGUGUGUGUCUCUCUUUUUGAAAGUUUAUUAAGGAGAGACAACACCUUCUGAAGAUGAGAGUUGGAAUUGGAAGCAAGAGAAGAACCCAAGGGAAGAGAGAGAGAGAGAGCCCCAUGGAAGGAAAAGCUGAAAGUUUAAAAGCAAGUUAAAAGAAAGCUGAGAGAGUAACCGAAAGAGAGAAAGCAAGCAAGCAAGAAAGCAAGAUCUUUUUCCCUCUUCGCUCGCCUCUAUACUCUCUCGCUUCCCUCUCCUGUGCCUUCUAGCUAGCUGUCUCUUUUUCUUCUCUCUUUCUCUCUGUUAUUCCUCAUGAUCUCUUCGUUCACUUAAUCCCAUCUCCACCAAUAAUUCACCAAUUUUACUAUAAUUAACCAACGAUCAUCAUCCCCAUGUCAUCAGUUCCAACCUCGGAGCAGUUUUCCAGCGCCGAGAAUGGCACUAGCACUACAAACAAAAGAAAGAGACGACCCGCAGGAACACCAGAUCCAGAUGCUGAGGUGGUGUCUCUGUCGCCGAAGACGCUAUUGGAAUCGGACCGGUACGUGUGCGAGAUCUGCAACCAGGGGUUUCAGAGGGACCAGAACCUUCAGAUGCACAGGAGGAGACACAAGGUUCCGUGGAAGCUGCUCAAGAGAGAGACGCCGGUGGUGAAGAAGAGGGUGUUCGUGUGCCCGGAGCCGACCUGCUUGCACCACGACCCUUGCCACGCCCUCGGCGACCUCGUCGGAAUCAAGAAACACUUUCGCCGGAAACACAGCAACCACAAGCAAUGGGUCUGCCACCGCUGCUCCAAGGCCUACGCCGUCCAAUCCGACUACAAGGCGCAUCUCAAGACCUGUGGCACUCGCGGCCAUUCCUGCGAUUGCGGCCGAGUCUUCUCCAGGGUGGAGAGCUUCAUUGAACACCAAGAUGCGUGCAAUAUGGGUCGACUCCGAUCGGAGGCGGCGCAGCCGCUGCAACCGGCAUGUCUAUCUCGGACCGCGUCGAGCCCCAGCCCGUCAAGCGAGACCAAUUUCAGCGCUGGUCCAGCAUGGCCUCCGCCGCCCGGUCUGAUGAUCCCAAAGCCAACUCCCGAACCCACAUUCUUCCAGAACAAUAACCCUAUUAUUGCCGAUAAAACCUCGUGCAAGACCAACAAUCAAAACAGCAACAAGCUCUACCCGAACUUGGACCUUCAGCUCUCAACCGCCACGCCCAACACCGACGUCGUCGUCGCGAGAGACGAGACCCACUCGACCCAGCUACAGCUCUCCAUUGGGUCGUCGGACGUGAGCGAUAAGAACGAGUCGAAUAAGAAUUCGUCUCCGAAGGAGAGCAGUAACAGCAGCGACAAGCCGCCGGGUGCGGUGGCGGCGCUGAUGGUGGAGAAGGCGUACGCGGAGGAGGCGAGGAAAGAAGCCAAGAGACAGAUGGAGGCGGCGGAGCAAGAAUUCGCUAACGCCCGCAGAAUAAGGCAGCAAGCUCAAGCUGAACUGGACAAAGCUUAUGCGUUGAAAGAGCAGGCGAUUAAGCAGAUCAAUUCUACCAUGCUUCAGAUCACUUGUCAUGCUUGUAAGCAACAGUUUCAACAGCAAGCGCAAAAGUUAUUAAUAACCAAAGGUGGUGGCCAAGUAUUAGACAACAAUAACGGGAAGGAAAAAAACCACUAACUGCUCUUGAAACAUCUUCCAAGUCUGGGUUUCUUUUCUCAUCUUCUUUUUCUUUCUUUUUUGGGUCUUACCCUAAUAUAUCUUUGUGAAUUGGUAUACCGAGUAAGAUGUGAUGUGAUGAAUUAUGUAAGUGGGAUCAGUGGGGUGUUUAUGUUUUUAGUUAAAUUUGGCACAACAGCUAGCAGACUAUAAAACUAUGUUUUUAAGGGUUUUUGCUGAGAAAGCUUUCUCUCUUUUCUUUUCUAGCUACUAUAUGAGAAUAUGAACAUGAAUAAUCUCUCUUUGA